AUGCAGGAUUAUUUGAGGGAGAUUGAAGGUACAUUGGCCAGGAAAAAAGAAAGAAAAAGUACCUUGUUGUACCAAUUAUCCAAACAUAAUGCUGAACAAGAACGUCUUUUGCGGCUGGGGGUGCGUAGCCUCCCAACGAAUCCUCAUGACGUUAGCGAUGUCAAAGUUGUUAAGUAUGUUCUUUUUAAAUUGAAUCGGGAUCUUGCGGAUAAAAUUGCUAGAUUGCGUGAUCCACAACUGCUUAGUAUCGAAACUCAUGGAGAAGUUGUUGUCCGAUCUAAAAAUGACGAAGUUAACCACCUUAUUGCCAGAAAAAAUCCUUGGGAAAGACGAUUGGCAGCACUUACGGGGAAAGGCCAUAAAAUGACAUCAUCUAGAAAACUAUACUUCGGUUGUGCAAAGGAGCUUCCAGAGGCUCAAGUUGACAUGGAUAAGGGUGUGAACGGAUAUACCGUCGAUGCAUUGGAUGAACCAGAGUCAGAGUCAGAGUCAGAGUCCUCAGAUUCACAGUCUUCUCAAGGUUUGUCAUCUUAUUCCAGCAAUGCCUACUUGAAACAGCUUGCAUCAUGUGAAUCCGAGAUUUUUUUGUCUGAGGUUGAAAAAAAGGCAGAACUUAGGUUAAGACUUGAUUAUGAAGAAAAUAAUGGGGGAAUGUGUCUGAAAAGGGGGCGUGAGGGCAACUCUGUGUAUUUUGUAGAUGUAGAUCUCCCUUCUGAAGACGAGUUUCGACGUGGGCUUCUGGAUGCAAAAAGAGAAAUGCUACAAAAGCGGCUACAAGCUCUAAAAAAAUAA